CCCAGUUCCCCUUAGGAUCUUCUUCUAGACUUUCCCCUCCUUCCCCACGCAUACCGCUUGGGUACCGCGCCAUUCUCCUUUCUCCCACCCGGCUCAUUACACCAUGUCCAAACCACGUCGGAACGUCAGGUUCCCACAUCGGGCGUCGGAAACUCGUCGGUUAAGUAUCUCAGAUGCCAGCGAUGCCGCUUCUGAACCCGGAAGUCCGUCAAAGAAUGGCAGCGUGUCCAAACCCGAGACGAUUGUCGAAGAGAAACCCGAACAGCCGCAGAUGUCCGAUUAUGAGAAAAAGAAGCAGACCUUCAUUACUCGCACAAUAUGGACUUUCGUGAUGAUCUUUGGUUUCUUUAUUGCCAUGUUCUCAGGCCACAUCUACAUCAUUGGCAUCGUUACCGCAGUUCAAAUCAUCUCCUUCAAGGAAGUUAUCGCUAUUGCCAAUGUGCCGAGCAAAGAGAAGAAUCUCCGUUUCACCAAAUCGUUGAAUUGGUAUUUCCUAGCCACAACCAUGUACUUUUUGUAUGGUGAAAGUGUCAUCUACUAUUUUAAGCACGUCCUGUUAGUCGACAAGGUGUUACUUCCUCUUGCGACUCACCAUAGGUUCAUCAGCUUCACGCUCUACGUCAUGGGAUUUGUCUUCUUUGUUGCAUCUUUACAGAAGGGACACUACCGGUUCCAAUUUACACAGUUCGCUUGGACUCACAUGGCACUUUACCUGAUUGUCGUACAAGCGCACUUUGUUAUGAACAACAUUUUGGAGGGAAUGAUAUGGUUUUUCCUCCCAGCGUCUCUGGUCAUUACCAACGAUAUUUUUGCCUACGUUUGCGGAAUCACGUUUGGCCGGACCCAAUUGAUCCAACUGUCUCCCAAAAAGACUGUGGAAGGGUUCCUCGGUGCUUGGAUUUGCACCAUAAUCUUUGGCUACUUCAUGACCAAUGUCCUAAUGCGCUACAAGUACUUCAUCUGCCCGGUAAAUGACCUUGGAUCCAACGUACUGACGGGGCUGGAAUGCACCCCAAACCCGGCCUUUAUGCCCCAGCCGUACCAAGUUCCGGAGUGGACCGGAGUGGACAAGACCUUUUACAUCGAGCCCAUACAGUUCCAUAUUUUGAUAUUCGCUACAUUCGCCUCCCUAAUUGCCCCUUUCGGUGGCUUCUUCGCUUCCGGGCUUAAGCGAACCUUCAAAAUAAAAGAUUUUGGCGAAUCGAUCCCGGGUCAUGGCGGUAUCACCGAUCGGAUGGACUGCCAGUUCAUCAUGGGCUUCUUUGCGUACAUGUAUUACCAUAGCUUUAUUGCCGUGUACAAAGCUACUGUUGGAGACGUCAUUGAGACCGCCAUCAACGGCCUGACGGUCGAGGAGCAAUUGGAGGUGGUCCGAGGAUUGGGCAAGUAUCUGUACAACCAGGGUACUGUUUCCGAAACGAUCUUGGAAUGUCUUAACACUGAGCUCAAGCGCCGAUGAAGAACGUUGGAUGAUGACCCAUGCCAUUUCCAUUCUACCUUUCAGUGAUGAAACCCGACCCCCUCCCGACUUACUCAAAAUUUCGGAAUUUUAAAAGUAGCGACUCAUAUUUUAGAAUACCAUUUUUAAUCGGUCGUUAUUCGACAUCGCUAGAGCCCUUUAACGAGCUUCAAACGAAACUUCUUCCUCAACGGUGGCUACCGAACGUCUGUCUUACCUUACGCUUGUUCUCUCUUCUUGCCUUCACAUUGGGUCAUUGUUGUAUAGUGUCGGGAAACUACGAUCAGAAGGUUAGGUUCAUGUCUAGAUACACGUGCGAAAGGGGGUAUUGUAUUUUU